AUGAACGAAUCUCUUAAGCAAUAUCUGCCUAAAGAUUACAAAAGAAGAGCAUAUUAUACACCUUAUGAUGUUUCAGUUCAUAAUACAGCUAAUGAUUUGUGGGUGAGUUUUUUUGGGAAAGUUUGGGAUCUUACAUAACUUGUCUAAGAAAAUAUUUCAUCGAAACUAUGUGAACCAUUAAUUAAAAUAGCUGGAAGUGAUAUAUCAUAUUGGUUUGAUAAAUAAACAGGAGAACCAAGAAAGUAACGAAUUUUAUGAUUAUUUUGAAUAGAUAAGUAGAUAUCAAUACAGGGUUGAUUACUUAUUAUUGUCCUUAAGGUAGAUAUUUACAUAUUCCAUCAUCUGACCCUUGUGGAGAUGAUGAGCUUGGUAAUCAUUCAAAACCGUAAUAAAUUAUAAUUGAUUAUUUUAAGAUGGUGGAGCAACGAAUAAUAAUAUUGUAUUGGAAAUUUAAGUCACAAAACAAGAAAGAUCAAAAUUAUCAAUAUGCUUACAGAUCAUGAAGACAUUAUUGAAGUAUUUUUAAUAUUAAUAUAUACUAAAGGUGCCUUCUGAAGAAACUAUAAAUGAGAUUCUUGAUAGGUAUAAAAAAAUAAAUGCACAUGCUGCCAGUUAUACAUGGAAGAGAUUGGGUAAACCUUUGGAUAUGGAAUUAACUUUAAGUGCAAAUGGAAUACCUGAUGAAACUGAUGAAUUCGAACAAUUAGGAGUCCCUGAGAGUUAAUGGUAUAUACCAGCAAUUCAUCUAUAUUUUAAUGAUGAUUUAACAGUGGCAUGAUAU